CUCUACACCAUGGGUCCCACAUAAGCCCUACCUUCCAAAAUCUCAACCGUCCGUCUUCCCUAUAAAACCUCCCUCUCCAUCAGAGAUACUCCGUAUUAACCCACCUCCCCCACCGCCUCCGCCUCACACAACCCGCCGGCCGGCCAAUCUCCGUCGCAGCUAACAAUGUCCACCUCCUCUCUUUUCCUCGCCGCCCUCCUCCUCCUCCUCACCGGAUCUCUGCUAACCUCACCGGCACUCUCGCAGAGCUGCACCUCCCCAAAGCCGGCGGGCCGCUACGCCCGCUGCACGGAGCUCCCCGCCCUCAAUGCAACCCUCCACUACACCGCCGCCAACUCCUCGUUCUCCUUCUUCUUCGCUGCAAAGCCAGUAAUUGACGGCGGGUGGGUCGCCUUGGGCCUCAACCCAUCCGGCACCGGCAUGCCCGGCGCGUUUGCCUUACUCGCCCACAAAGAUCCGUCCGGGAAUACCACCGCAAAACCUUACAAUCUCACCUUCAAUGCGAAAGGAACCAUAACCCAGCAGAGCAUGCCUUGGCCCGUCAAGAACCUCACCGCCGGCGACACCGCCGGCGUAAUCACGAUCUCCGCCGCGAUUACAGAUCUGCCGAAGAGCAUGACCCGGAAAUUGAACCUUCUCUGGCAGGCGGGUCCGGUCCAAUCCCAGUCCCAGAUGCCGCUGAGGCAUUCCCUGGAUGCGGCCCAAGAUUCUAAAGUGACACUGGAGUUGAGCACCGGAAAGGGCGCGGCUCCGGCUGCUUCGCCGGCGGCCGCUCCAACCAGUGGGAACGGGAGUAACAGCACCAUCCCGACCUCCCCUGCAUCGGUGCAGAGCCCCACCGGGACUGACGCCGGCGGCUCCUCGGCGAAUCGGAUGGCCAAUUCGAUUCUACACGCAUUAUUGGUUUCGGUUGCGGGACUUUUAGCGAUUUGAUUGCUUUAAUUAGAAUCAAAUAAAGUGCCGUUUGAUUUUGAUUAAUUAUGACUUUUUGAACUCGCAUUGUCUUUCUUACAAAUUUUCUUAUGGGAUGAGAUUCAUCCUUUUUUUAUUUUAGUGUACUUAAAUUUAAAAUCAUACUUUAAAUAAAGAAAAUUUGUGAUUUUUA